ACAUAAAUGUUUGAGCUCUUCUCUUUCUAUUUGUCUGUGUUUUUGAGUUUUGACUGCCUUCUUCUUCACCAAACAGACAAAAACCAAACCAAAUCCAAUCUUCAUUCAUUUCAUUAACCAACCUCAACCCCUCCCCUCCCUCCUCCUUUGUAGUUUCUCCAAAAUCCAAAUCUCAAAUCUCUCUCUCUCUCUCUCUCUCUCUCUCUCUCUUCCUUUGUAGUUUCAAGUUUCAAUAACACAACCCAAAACCAAGUAAAUAGCUUGUAGCCUGGUACUAAUCAAACUUAAUCAGAUUGGAGUGAUUCUGAUUGACAUUUUCAAAAUUUCACAUCGCAUCAUCAAUCUAACCCACUGAUCAUGGCGCACCCUCACGCAGAUCGGUAAAUUAUUGAUUUGUUUUAUUAAUUUGAGAAGGGGAAUCUAGAAGGCUAUUCGCUCAGUUAUUUUUGUUUGAGCUCAUGGCUUCCGUAAGUGUGGUUCCUGCUUCUGGAAUUAGAGACCCCAGUGGAAAUGUAGUUGGUGUCGAUAGUUUGCCUAGUGGGAUGAAUGAUAUGAAAAUUAGGGAUGAAAAGGAAAUGGAAGCAACUAUUGUUGAUGGUAAUGGAACAGAGGCGGGUCAUAUCAUUGUCACAACUAUUGGUGGAAAGAAUGGCCAACCAAAACAGACAAUAAGCUAUAUGGCUGAGCGUGUUGUUGGACAUGGAUCUUUUGGAUUGGUUUUCCAGGCCAAAUGUUUAGAAACUGGUGAAACUGUUGCUAUUAAAAAGGUUCUUCAAGACAAGAGGUACAAGAACCGGGAGUUGCAAACCAUGCGUCUACUAGACCACCCAAACAUUGUGUCCCUUAAACAUUGUUUCUUUUCGACAACUGGAAAAGAUGAGCUAUACCUUAACCUUGUACUUGAGUAUGUCCCCGAGACUGUCCAUAGGGUGAUCAAACACUACAGUAAGAUGAACCAGAGGAUGCCACUUAUAUAUGUCAAACUUUAUUUUUACCAGAUUUGUAGAGCACUUGCUUACAUUCACAAUAGUAUUGGAGUUUGCCACAGGGACAUUAAGCCUCAAAAUUUGUUGGUCAAUCCACAUACUCAUCAGCUUAAAAUCUGUGACUUUGGAAGUGCGAAAGUCUUGGUAAGAGGGGAACCCAACAUAUCUUACAUCUGUUCGAGGUAUUAUCGAGCACCUGAACUUAUAUUUGGUGCAACCGAGUAUACAACAGCCAUUGACAUCUGGUCUGCUGGCUGUGUUCUAGCUGAGCUACUGCUUGGACAGCCCCUAUUUCCUGGAGAAAGUGGAGUAGACCAGCUUGUUGAAAUCAUCAAGGUUUUAGGUACCCCAACAAGAGAGGAAAUAAAGUGCAUGAACCCUAACUACACAGAGUUUAAGUUUCCCCAGAUUAAAGCUCACCCAUGGCACAAGAUAUUCCACAAGCGCAUGCCCCCUGAAGCUGUGGAUCUUGUAUCGAGGCUACUGCAGUACUCUCCAAACCUUCGAAGUACAGCUUUGGAGGCCUUAGCUCAUCCGUUCUUUGAUGAGUUGCGUGACCCUAACACCCGCUUGCCAAAUGGACGUUUCCUCCCCCCAUUGUUCAACUUUAAGGCUCAUGAACUGAAGGGAGUACCUGCAGAGAUGCUGGUUAAGCUGAUUCCAGAGCAUGCAAGAAAACAGUGUGCCUUCCUUGGGUCGUCGUGACUGUUCUUAGUAGUUGAUGUUUGCUCUGCACAGGAAAAUGUGGGCUGCUGUAGAAACGUAGCUUGUGUCCCAUUUGAAUGUGAUCGUCAUAUUGAAGCUGUAAUAUUUGUCUUUUCAAAUCCCUUGUUUAUUUGUUGUUAUAUUUAUCCGCUUUAGAUUUGUAAUGUAGAAGAAAGAAGAUUAAGAAGGUUCUUCUGCUUACUAAGUCCUCAGAUCUUAAUGGGUUUGCACACCCUUGAUUAUUAUGAUUAUUAUUCUUUUUUUCUUUUUAUAUUGAUAGAUUGUCAUGUAAGCAGAUGUUACUCAUAUACCUCAAUGGUUUGUGUUAGAUAUGUUUGACAAUGCGGUUGUACUAAA